UGAUUCGGAGUCAACACCGAAACCCAUUUGCCGACAACUUCUGGUGCCGUACAUAAUGCUGGCCAUCAGUGCUGUGUUUCUGGUUUUUACGGUAAUUAUCUUCACAGCCGCCGAUUUCGCCAAUAAAGUCGACCCAAACAUAUGCCUAACGCCUGAUUGCAUCAAAGAAGCUGCCCGUAUUUUGCGUACAAUAGACGAGAGUGUCUCGCCUUGUGAUGACUUUUAUCAAUUUUCAUGUGGAAAAUGGAUUGAAUCCACUCUUAUUCCGGAACACAAGUCAUCCCAAUCCACGUUUGAUGAACUCCAGGAUGAGCUCAAUAGGAAGCUUAGAGUACUCAUCGAAGAAAGUUCUCAAAACUCGGAGAAGAGAUCUUUUGUCAAUAAAUUGAAGGAUCUGUACAUCACAUAUAUUGAGGCAAAAGGAGAUCAACCAUUACUAGAUCUGUUGGACCGGUUCGGGGGUUGGCCUGUAUUAAAGUCUUCGCACUGGAAUGAAUCCCAAUUUAAUUGGUUUGAAUCGUAUAUCAAAUUAAGACAAAUAGGAGUUGUGGACAAUAUGUUGAUCACAAUCUUUGUGGACAUCGACGACAAAAACAAUUCCCGGCGUGUGUUAUAUUUAGAUCAGCCAUCGUUGGGUCUCUUCGACAGAGAUCUGCUGUUGAAAGGGAUGAACGACACAUCGGUUUCGGCAUAUUUUGAUCUUAUGGUGAAAAGUGCUGUACUAUUGGGCGCCCAGAAAGACACGGCUCACAGACAGAUGACAGAAGUUUUGGAGUUUGAAACACUUUUGGCAAAUUACUCGUUGGCGAAGGAAGAGAGACGUAAUAUGAGUUUACUAUACAAUAAGAUGACAACCGAAGAGUUGGAUCAAAUCGCUCCCAAUUACUCGUUGGCGAAGGAAGAGAGACGUAAUAUGAGUUUACUAUACAAUAAGAUGACAACCGAAGAGUUGGAUCAAAUCGCUCCCAAUACAGAUUGGAUGUCAUUAAUCAAUAACUUCACGACUAAACCAAUUGCCAAACACGAAGAGGUUGUAGUAAUUGACACAAAAUUCAUUAAAUCUCUUGAUUUAAUUUUGCCGCAAACAAAGAAACGAACUUUAGCCAAUUAUAUGAUGUGGAGAAUCGUGUUCUCAAAGAUCAGCGCAUUGGGAGCCAAAUGGAGAAAUCUGGAGACGGAAUACGAGGCAAAAGUGAUGGGCAAACAACGCCAGGAGCCCCGUUGGGAACAGUGUGUCUCUAUUGUACAAUCCGUGGUCGGUAUCGGUCUCUCAAACCUCUAUAUCAACCGAUACUUUAACAACGAUAACAAACAAAUGACUUUGGAUAUCGUGAAGAAUAUUAAGACAGAAUUUGAGGGUAUUUUGCAUGAAAUUGAUUGGAUGGAGAAAAACACUUUAACACAUGCUUUGGAUAAAUUACAAAACAUGGAACUGAAGGUCGGAUUCCCAUCGGAAUUGAUGGACGAAAAGAAGAUUAACAAUUACUACAUCGAUCUUCACAUUAAUCGUGACGACUAUUUUCAAAAUCGUAUUAAAGCGUACAAAUGGUUAUCGGAUUAUCAGUUCAGUCAACUCCGAGAGAUUAAUAACAAAAAUGAUUGGCGCAAAUACGCCGAAGUGACUGAAGUGAACGCCUAUUACUUCCCACAGGAGAACGCAAUGGUUAUUCCCGCCGGUAUUCUUCAGGGCAUCUUCUAUAACAAGAAUAGACCCAAGUAU